AGAGGAGGGGAGAUCAGCUAAAGCCAGUCAUAGCAAUCUGUGGCAAUAACAACAUGCCAGAACUCUUAAACUGCUGUGAGGGCUGAUUUUUCUCCUUCCACCUCUGCUUUUUCUGUCUCUCUGCUGUAGAAAUGCACCAGCAUUGCACUCUGCUGAUAGACUUGAACCUUUCACAUCUCCUACACCUCCUAGAAUGAGGGAAAGGCAUCUGGAUUCAUAGCACCUCAUCUGCAGAGCAUUGGCUGCCCAAAUGAAGAAUAAACAGGUGAAUUUGGCACAGAAAUCAUGGAUAGAAAGAGCAUUUUACAAGAGAGAAUGUGUUCAUAUCAUACCCAGCACCAAAGACCCUCAUAGGUGUUGCUGUGGGCGUCUGACAGGUCAACACAUUGGACAGCCUCCAAGCACCUCCAUUACUCAGAAUGAGAAAAAUGAAACCAGGCUUGCUCGCAAUGACAUCCAGUCGGAGAAGUGGUCCAUCAGCAAGCACACACAGCUCAGCCCGACGGACGCUUUUGGAACCAUUGAGUUCCAAGGAGGAGGCCACUCCAAUAAAGCCAUGUAUGUACGUGUGUCUUUUGACACAAAGCCUGACCUUCUUCUGCAUCUGAUGACCAAAGAGUGGCAACUUGAGCUCCCCAAACUUCUCAUCUCUGUGCACGGGGGCCUCCAGAAUUUUGAACUUCAGCCAAAACUCAAACAAGUCUUUGGAAAAGGACUUAUUAAGGCUGCAAUGACAACUGGAGCAUGGAUAUUCACUGGAGGAGUAAACACAGGGGUCAUUCGGCAUGUUGGAGAUGCCCUGAAAGAUCAUGCCUCAAAAUCUCGAGGGAAGAUCUGCACCAUCGGUAUAGCGCCCUGGGGGAUUGUGGAAAAUCAAGAGGACCUGAUUGGCAAAGAUGUGGUUCGACCAUACCAGACAAUGUCUAAUCCCAUGAGCAAGCUGACUGUGCUCAACAGCAUGCAUUCUCAUUUUAUUUUGGCUGACAACGGUACUACUGGCAAAUAUGGAGCAGAGGUAAAGCUUCGUAGACACCUGGAAAAGCACAUUUCACUUCAGAAGAUAAAUACAAGAAUUGGCCAAGGGGUUCCAGUUGUGGCCCUUAUUGUGGAAGGAGGUCCCAAUGUCAUCUCCAUUGUCCUGGAGUACCUGCGAGACACUCCUCCUGUUCCUGUUGUGAUAUGCGAUGGCAGUGGCCGAGCAUCUGACAUCCUAGCCUUUGGUCACAAAUAUUCUGAAGAAGGAGGACUUAUCAACGAGUCUUUGAGGGACCAGUUGCUAGUUACCAUCCAGAAGACUUUCACAUACACCCGAACCCAGGCACAGCACCUCUUCAUUAUCCUCAUGGAGUGCAUGAAAAAGAAGGAGCUGAUCACAGUUUUUCGAAUGGGAUCAGAAGGACACCAGGAUAUUGAUUUAGCUAUCCUGACAGCACUACUAAAAGGAGCUAAUGCAUCUGCUCCCGACCAGCUGAGCCUAGCACUAGCCUGGAACAGAGUAGACAUCGCCCGCAGUCAGAUCUUUAUUUAUGGGCAGCAGUGGCCGGUGGGCUCCCUUGAGCAAGCAAUGCUGGAUGCACUGGUGUUGGACAGAGUGGAUUUUGUGAAAUUACUCAUAGAAAAUGGAGUAAGCAUGCAUCGUUUUCUCACCAUCUCCCGGCUAGAGGAAUUGUACAAUACGAGACAUGGACCAUCCAACACUCUGCAUCAUCUAGUGAGGGAUGUGAAAAAGCGAGAAUAUCCAGGUUUCGGUUGGAUCUAUUUUAAGGGAAACUUACCUCCUGAUUAUCGGAUAAGUCUGAUUGAUAUUGGAUUGGUGAUAGAGUACCUGAUGGGAGGAGCGUAUCGCUGCAAUUACACCCGAAAGCGGUUCAGAACACUGUACCACAAUUUGUUCGGGCCCAAGAGGCCAAAAGCCCUGAAGCUGUUGGGAAUGGAGGAUGAUGUCCCUUUGCGUCGAGGGAGAAAACCAACAAAGAAAAAAGAAGAAGAAGUUGACAUUGAUAUGGAUGACCCUGAGAUCAAUCAUUUUCCCUUCCCAUUCCAUGAGUUGAUGGUGUGGGCUGUGCUGAUGAAACGUCAGAAGAUGGCCCUUUUCUUUUGGCAACAUGGGGAAGAGGCUAUGGCUAAAGCACUGGUGGCCUGCAAACUCUGCAAAGCCAUGGCCCAUGAAGCAUCAGAAAAUGAUAUGGUGGAUGACAUAUCCCAAGAGCUGAACCACAAUUCCAGGGACUUCGGCCAGCUGGCGGUCGAGCUGUUGGACCAGUCAUACAAACAGGACGAGCAGCUGGCAAUGAAACUGCUGACUUACGAGCUGAAGAACUGGAGCAAUGCCACGUGCCUGCAGCUUGCAGUGGCAGCCAAGCACAGGGACUUCAUUGCUCACACUUGCAGCCAGAUGCUGCUCACUGACAUGUGGAUGGGUCGUCUCCGGAUGCGAAAAAAUUCUGGCUUAAAGGUAAUUCUAGGAAUUCUACUUCCUCCUUCAAUCCUCAGCUUGGAGUUCAAGAACAAAGAUGAUAUGCCCUACAUGACCCAGGCCAAUGAGAUCCAUCUUCAAGAAAAGGAUCCAGAGGAACCAGAGAAGCCAGUGAAAGAAAAAGAUGAGGAAGACAUGGAACUCACUGCAAACAGCAGGAGCUGCCCACAGGACCCCGACUGCAGGCAGGCAGAAGGACCUGCCUACAGGACCCAAUAUGCAGGCAAGCCGAAGGACCAGCCCACAAGACCCACCUACAGGACCCGUUUGCAGGCAAUGCUUGGACGGGGGAAUGGAGAGUCCUCAAGAAAGAAAGAGGAUGAGGAAGUUCAGAGCAGGCACAGAAUGAUCCCCAUUGGAAGAAAGAUUUAUGAGUUCUACAAUGCUCCUAUCGUGAAGUUUUGGUUUUAUACCCUGGCAUACAUAGGCUACUUGAUGUUGUUCAACUACAUUGUGUUGGUGAAGAUGGAUCGCUGGCCAUCUAUUCAGGAGUGGAUUGUCAUCUCAUACAUUUUCACUCUAGGAAUAGAGAAAAUGAGAGAGAUCCUAAUGUCAGAGCCUGGGAAACUGCUGCAAAAAGUCAAAGUUUGGCUCCAGGAGUACUGGAAUGUUACCGACCUCAUAGCCAUCCUCCUGUUCUCUGUUGGGAUGGUUCUCCGUCUGCAAGACCUGCCUCUCCGGAGCGAUGGACGCGUCAUCUACUGCGUCAACAUCAUCUACUGGUACAUCCGGCUGCUGGACAUCUUCGGCGUGAACAAGUACCUGGGGCCCUAUGUCAUGAUGAUCGGGAAAAUGAUGAUAGACAUGAUGUACUUUGUCAUCAUCAUGUUGGUGGUUCUGAUGAGCUUUGGUGUGGCAAGACAGGCAAUUCUCUUCCCCAAUGAGGAGCCUUCAUGGAAGCUGGCGAAAAACAUUUUCUACAUGCCUUACUGGAUGAUCUAUGGGGAAGUGUUCGCAGACCAGAUAGACCGUAAGCAAGUUUAUGAUUCUCAUACUCCAAAGUCAGCACCUUGUGGUCAGAAUGAAACCAGAGAAGAUGGCAAAAUAAUCCAGCUACCUCCCUGCAAGACAGGAGCAUGGAUCGUUCCUGCCAUCAUGGCCUGCUACCUCUUGGUAGCAAACAUCCUUUUGGUGAAUCUUCUCAUUGCGGUUUUCAACAACACCUUUUUUGAAGUCAAAUCUAUAUCAAACCAAGUUUGGAAGUUUCAAAGGUACCAGCUCAUCAUGACAUUCCAUGAAAGGCCUGUUCUCCCACCACCUCUGAUCAUUUUCAGCCACAUGACAAUGAUAUUUCAACACCUCUGCUGCAGAUGGAGGAAGCAUGAAAGUGACCCGGAUGAGAGAGACUAUGGACUAAAACUUUUCAUAACUGAAGAUGAAUUGAAAAAGGUUCAUGAUUUUGAAGAGCAGUGCAUAGAAGAGUAUUUCAGAGAAAAGGAUGACAGAUUCAACUCCUCCAAUGAUGAAAGAAUCCGUGUCACUUCAGAAAGGGUGGAGAACAUGGCCAUGCGACUGGAAGAAGUAAAUGAGAGAGAGCACUGCAUGAAGGCCUCUCUGCAGACAGUUGACAUCAGGCUUGCUCAGCUGGAAGACAUGAUGGGGCGAAUGGUGACUGCCUUAGAAAAGAUGGCUGGCAUUGAGAGAGGCGAGACAGCUAAGAUCCGAUCCAGGACCUCAUCUGACUGUACUGAUGCAGCCUACAUUGUACGGCAGAGUAGCUUCAACAGCCAGGAAGGAAAUGCCUACAAGCUUCAAGAGAGCAUUGAUCCCACGGGAGAGGAGUCCAUGUCCCCAACGUCACCUACGAUCACAUCCCGCUUGCGAAGCCACUCCUUCUAUGCAACAAAUAUUAAGGACAAGUGUGGGUUGGAAAAGUUGGAAAGCAUUUUUAAAGAAAGAUCUCCAAGCCUGCAUCGGGCAAUCAGUUCCCACUCAAUAGCAAAAGAAGGAAAGGCUCCUUUACCCCCUACCAGCACUUUGUCAAUUGCCCCAGAUUCCAGAAGACCUUCGUCUUGUAUAGACAUCUAUGUUUCUGCCAUGGAUGAGAUGCAUUCUGACACAGAACCUCUUGAGAGCUCCAUAAAUAUUCUUGGUCCUGAAGAUGCAGCUCUCCCGGUUCACAUAGCCUCUUCACUUUUAACUAAUAGUGCAUACAUCAGCAGUACAGCUGGUGAAAAGAUCUCUGGCAGGAGUCUUGAUUAUGAGGAAACUUCUGGAAUAGAAGCAAGAGCAUUUUCUUCAGACUAUUCACAAAUCACAGAAUGCCAAAUCCCAUGGGAUUCAGACCCUCCCUUGUAUCAUACUUUAGAGCGAUCUAAAAGCAGUCGUUACCUGGCUACUACUCCAUUUAUUCUGGAGGAAACACCAAUUGUGAAAUCUCACAGCUUCAUGUUCUCUCCUUCUCGAAGCUACUUCAGCAGCCUUGGCAUCCCAGUUAAAACAGCAGAGUACACAAGUAUUACAGAUUGCAUAGACACAAGGUGUGUGAGCGCUCCCCAGGCCAUUGCAGAGAGGGCCAGUUUCCCUGGAAGUCUCAGGGGCAAAGUGGAAGACUUGGGAUGCUGUCACCCAGAGAGAGAAGCUGAACUAACCCACCCAAGCUCCGAUCAUGAGGAUAUUGAGGUCAAAGACAAGAAGGGAAUCCCCUUAUCUCCUCAAGACAGCAGUGCUACAACAACUCUACCCAACAGCAUCCCACUUCCAAAAAUAGAGCGAGCCAACAGCUACUCUGCUGAGGAGUCCAACGUGUUGUAUGCACAGCACACACGAAAGAGCUAUUCCAUCAGUGACAAACUUGACAGGCAGCGAAACACAGCAAGCCUGAGGAGCCCCUUAGAGAGGAGUAAGUCCUCGAGGCCAGACAGCAGAGGAGACAACCUGUCCAUGAGGAGACUGUCAAGAACUGGAGCCUUCUGCAGCUUUGAAAGCAAGCACACUUAGGCUUAUACAAAGGUCACCAGCAGUCUAAGGGUCAUCUGCUCUUCAGUCUGUUUUUCUUAGCAGACUUUUAAAAAGCUCUCACAUCACCCCAUGUUGAGUACAAUUGGCAUUAGCCAUGGAUCAAGGGAGCACAUUUUCAACCUCAGCAUCACCACUGACAUACUCAACCUUGACCCACUUUACAUUUGCAUUGAAGAAAAAAGGGAGGAAUGAAAGCUUUACAAAACCUUCUGUAAACAAGAGGAAUACUAAGCCCCCUUAAUGAAGUCAGAAGACAUAGAUUAAUAGCUCCAGAUAUCUGCAUUUCAUUACAGGGUAUCCUAAGACCUUUUAUCAUUAUUCAAGUUUUUAAGAUGCAGGAAUUAACUGGCAAAAAAGAAAUAUACAAAUUAUAUGUUACAAACUUCAUUACAACUUCUUUUUCAUCUAUGUCACCAUUAUGAUGACUGGUGAAAAGCAUUUGUUACUUCUGUAGGAACUGGCAGCAAAAACACCUAAAGUCUCCCAAGUCCCUUGCAUCCCACACUUAUGGAAAUGAAGAAAGAUGAACAUAACAACAACUAUAAAUGUUCAUUUGUCUCCUUUUGUAUCAACUUCUAGUGCCACAGAAAGUUUAUAUUUUCAAGAGCAGAAAGGGAAAUGAAAUGCCUUUUUUACUGCAACUUAAAUGGAAGAAGAAUUUAUGUUAAAAUGUCAGGUGAUUUCCUGUGUACAACAGGCAUUCUAGAUUCUAGCACAGGUGAGCAAGCUCAGGAUGAAUGUAAUUAAGUGGAAUAGUAUAUAUUUAUUUUUUUACCACAUUUGUCAUCAGUAUGUUGUCUCACUAAGUCAAAGGAUAUGAUGAAACAGUAAGAAUAGGAUGAGCAGAGCAGAGCAUAGUAAUAGUGUCCAGUUCUCACUGCUCAGUUUAAUUAUAUAUAAAUUGGGGAGAUUUAUCCACCAUGCUGCUACCAGGUUCUUCUUGCGGUUUCAUUUCAGCUGCCUAUUCUUCAUAUCAUUCCCCCACCUAAAAAUAUACACCUUUUUUUUCUUUUUUUUAAUGUGAACAUAGCCCUAUUUAGACUUUUUAAAUUAUACAGGAUUUAUCAUGAAGUGUGAAUCCAGAUUCAUGUAAUUAGACUGAAGCUGCUUAAAGGAAAGCAUUUUUGGCAGAGGACUGAAAAACACUAGAAUUUCUAUAUGCUUCUAAGGUAAGUAAAAGAACCAAAGUGAAACUGCAAGUGUCUGUAAACAGCAAAAGCCUUCAGUUCUGAGUAGGCAUCCACCGUUCAUCAGCAUAUCACACAGUGAGAACUUUUAGUAGGAGAAAGUGUGUCUGAACGGUAGUGCUGUUUCAGGUUUGGUUGAAGAUGGGUGUAACUCCAUUGCCUCCACCCACAUUCCAAGGGCCACAUUGUCAACCAGAGUUUCAAACUUCUCAUGAGACAAUGUCCAGUGGUCACAGGUGGAAGGGUAUACAGAAGACUAAAGAAGGGUGGAGAAGCAUAAGCUGCAACUGGAAAAACAAUUCACAUUCCUUUAUGAUGGCACAACUUUUAAGCUUUUAAAAAGUUGACAUUAGUAUUAUCAGAUGUUAAAAUAUCUCAACAGUUACCAAUACCUAUGUAGAACCAGCUCUUUUUUGUUAUUAAAAAUGAACAUUUGUGAGUGGGGUACAUAUUUCACAUUAUUUAAAUUGAAUUAUCUUUCAAAGGCAGCUUUGAGAAUACAAGUUGAUAUUUUCUCACUGAGUCCUCACCCUGGGAGACUCUGAGCACCAUCUGAGAGUUAAGUCCUAAAGGCAACUAAUCCAGACAGAAAAAUAAUCAUCAUCCUCAAGAAAGGGGGCCAAGAAGAUAAAAACAUUUAGGUAACAAGUCACUGCGUUGGAAGUUCAGGAAACAAGGAAAUGCAGCAAGGGGAUGUUAAGAACAAUGUGUUUCACACUUCCUGCACCAACGUGUUCUUUGCUUUCUUCUGUUUGAUCAGGCUUUCAGUGAACUAAACUCCACCAAGACACCAUGCUUAUGCAAUUGCCUUGCAGGCCACGUGCAGCAUUACAGUCACAUGGCGAUACCAAGAAAGGUCGGAAACCUUUCUGUGCAUUAUGAAGCAUGCUUGUGGCAGGCUGAUUGUUGAACAAUAGCAAAAUGCCGAGGGGCAAAGGAACUUGUGUUUAACAAUAUGCUUCAAAUGUGCCAACCUUCUGUUAGCAGCCUUUUCCUAAGGCUUCUCCAAACCUAUCUAUCUAUGGAGAGUAGAGGGGGAUAUUCUUACUUUGUUUUCUUUGUUACUUUUAUGAAUGUCUGCUAAAACUGUUGUGGACUCUUUCAUCGUCAUUGCAUUAUUGGUCUACUCAAGAGGACUUUCAGAUUCAUUAGAAAUUCCUCAACAGUGCUUAGUGAAUUAGGCAUAGGGCUCUCCUCUGGGGUAGAUUCCAUUGGUUAGUUUGUUAGUGUAAAGAAGUUUGCCAAGCCUAGAAGCUGUAUAAAUAUUUAGGAUACAGCACCUUACUGAUCUGGAGCACAGGUUCCAGGUAAAAUGAAACAGAACACUUUAUUUACCUCUUAAAAUUUGCCAUUAUAUAUAAAAUGUAAAUUCAGAUGUUAAAAGUGUGAUUGCAGGAGGUCAGAACACUACUUUUCCUGAAUGUUUCCCAUUUAUUCUACAAUGUGGUGUCUAUAGAAAAUAUUAUGAUGGAUGUUAGAUUAUUUGAUUUUCACCUGGUUUUUACACAUUGCAUCAAACAGCUCCUUUUUGAAUGAUAAAACAUUCCCAUUUCUUGCAAUGGGACGAGACUUCCCACUCUUGAUAUUAUGACCAUUUAGUGAGAUAGAAGUCUCAUCAUCCAUCAUCAUGUAGCUAUAGCAUGUGCCAUAUGAUGUAUUCUGUAUCAAAGAAUAGUUUAUGAAAUAGACACAUAUAUAGUUGUGACAUGUGAUAAUAUUAGUGAACGUUACAGGGCAGGUUUAAUAUCUCAUUACAUGGUCUUGUUUGUAAAUCUGUAACAUUCAAUAAAAUAGCACAUGUUGCAUCAAACAUUAAGUUCCACUAUCCAAUUAUUAGCUUAUGUAUGGAAUAUGCAUUUCUGGUCACAGUGUGUAAGUUUGGUAUGUUUUGCACAAUUCUUUGUAUAGCUCCACUUAAACGUCUGUAUGAGCUGAUGUAUAAACCUCUAAUGAGCCACUGUGGGCUGUGACAGAUGAGUUGUGAUGGUGUGAAAGACAAACUGGCAUGUUAUGCAAAAGAUUAUAAGACAUAUGAACUUUAGUAAUAUUUUAAAACUCAACUGAACUUAGCUGUUUGUUUACAUAUGCUGGAAGAAGCAGUGUGCAGUAUUUUAUAAAUAUUUUCCUAUAGUAAUCCAUUCUGUUGUUUCCAGUUUAAGUGAUUCUAUUCUACAGUUGGGGUAUACACUUGUCCUAGGUAUUGUAUUAUAGCACAUUAUUCUUUCACAAUAACAGUGUGAUAUGAC